AUGCAAAUCAACAAUUAAUUAAAUUUCAAAAAUAAUAUACGAAUGCUUUUUACUUAAAAUAAUUUACAUUAUAUUUUGGAUGCAUUUUUAAAUGCUGAAUAACUAAAAUUAACCGCGUCUAUUUAAUUGAGAGUAAUUUUUAUAAAAUAAAGAGGUAGUUGGGAAGUGCUAUUCUUAAUAAAUUAAUAAAAUUCAUCAAUUAUAAUAGAAAUAAAUAAACUAAUUAAAUAUAAUUAAGAAUUUAUUGAUUAAUAAUCUUAAGUCUAGAACAGUUUAGAAUAAUGGAAGAUUAUAUUAAUUAUAAGUUGA